CGAUUCAACGUAGCACAACACCAAACGCUUUUGCGCCCAAAGGAAGUAGCAUUUUUUGAUAGCCGGGUUCAGUGUAAUCUAAAUCAAAUAAACAUCUGAAAUGGCUGAACAAUCCUGUAAACAGGCGUCUAGACGGGAGUCUACUGAUAACUCAUCGCAAGAGUUGGUUAAAAAGCCAAAGUUGAUCAACGAAACUAAAAUAACAGAUCUGAAUUACGAUUGCCUGUAUUCUAUUUUCAAGUGGAUGUCAAUACACGAUACGAUACAAAUGUGUGGUAUAAGCAAAAAGUUUGUUGAGCCGGCCAUUUGGAUUAUGAAAGUGUUCAACAGGCAACACACUUUCUCCAUCAACUACAUGCCAUCCUGUCGAAUAAAAUUCAUUGGUCAAGCGCUUUCGAAGAUCUUGCUGGACUAUGCCGGGACUUUUGAAAACCGUAUUUCCGUCGUUCAAGAUUCCAUCCUGGAGUACUGCACUGAAUUGACCGAAUUGACGUUAGUAAAUGCGAAAAGUGCACCGUUCGAGUCCAUUAAUACGCCAAUCGCUAAACUCAAAGUGCUACAUUUGGACAAUUGCAUUCUUGGACCGGUUUUCUGUCAGUUCAGCAAGUGGCUUCCGCAACUGCGUACGUUGACUGUUAUUAAUUGCAAGGUUAUUGAUGAAUCUUGCAUCGGAAAUAUGGCGACAACAAUGCCGGCAUUGGAGUCUAUGCAUAUAGAUGUUGUACAAAAAAUUAAGCUCAAUGCCGACGAUUCUUUCGAAAGAUUCGCUCGAUGCAAUACUGACGUGAUUAUCAAGCGUAAUGGACAUAUAAAAUGUUUUCGUACAACGUCGGGUAAGACAAAGCCUCGCAGACUCUUAAACAUCAGUAAAUCAAUGGAACGACUCGAGACAUUAGAGUUUCAGGCUGUGAAACGUCAUUUCAAAGGAUCGAGCUACAAAUCCAUCAACUUCAAGUGGGUAAAAACACUCAUUUUAACGAUCAGCGGAUGUGAAUCUUGUCACUGUCCAUUGGUAUUUGAUUAUCUUGAGGAAUUGAACAUCACUUGUAACACCUUUGCCGAUUCGUGGACGUUCUUCGCCAGAACCAACAGGAUAAAAAAAUUAAAAUUGUACUGGAUCGGUAGUCGUCCGAAUCUAAGCCUGUUGAUGUCAAUUUCAUCGACCUGGCCGGAUUUGAUUGAAGUAUCAAUGCACCUGAAUUGCGUGCCCUCAGAUGAUGUCAUUAAAUUUAUCCACUCACUCGGUAAUUUACGACGAUUCAAUUUUCUGAAAUACGUGUGUCAGUACCCUUCUAAAUGGGAAUUCACAAAAUUUGAAGAAGUUAAGCAUCAUCUAUCUGAUAAAUUUGAAAUUAUUCCGGGAACUGACGAGAUCCGUUUUUCAUUGGUUCGUCUGAAUUAAUCCAACUCAUUUGAACUUUAUAUUUUUGAUUGGAAAUUCUAUUUCUAAAUUUUGUUUUAUAUUGAAUUGUAUAUAUUUUUGACUUGAUCAAACUGACUAAUCAUGUAAAAUGAUAUUGAUCAUUAAA